AUGAAGCUCCUUCCAAUGGCGAUUUUCUUGCUUUUUGCACUCUUCGUCGUCUCAUCAGCCAUGGACAUGUCGAUCAUAGGCUACGACGCCACCCACAUGACCACCUCAGAUGCAUCCUCUUCGAACUGGCGCACCGACGACGAAGUCAACGCUAUGUACGAGUCCUGGCUCGUCAAACAUAGUAAGUUCUACAACACUCUUGGAGAGAAGGAGAAGCGGUUUCAGAUCUUCAAAGACAACCUCAGGUACAUAGAAGCUCACAACUCCGGUGAUCAUUCCUACAAGCUUGGACUCAACAAGUUCUCAGAUUUGACCAUUGAAGAACACCGGUUGCGCUACACCCGCGCCAUUCCUAAGCGGAAGUCGAACAAGCUGAAGAGUGAUCGUUACUCUCCUCUUUCCGCCGAUGUCCUGCCUGAUUCCGUUGACUGGAGGGUCAAAGGUGCCGUCGCCCCCGUCAAAACACAAGGAAAAUGCGGGGCUUCCUGGGCAUUCUCAGCGAUCGGAGCAGUGGAAGGGAUAAACCAGAUAGUGACAGGUGAACUGAUAACACUAUCAGAACAACAACUCAUUGAUUGUGAUACAUCUAACUAUGGAUGCGAUGGUGGUUUUGUUACUGAUGCCUUUGACUUCAUCAUUAAAAAUGGCGGAAUACAGAGUGACAAAGACUAUCCCUACACUGCCAAAGAUGGAAAAUGCGACACUUCCAAGAAAAACACAACGCUUGUUACCAUUGAUGAGUACGAAUAUCUUCUGGAGGAAAGCGAGUUAGCAUUACAGAAGGCCGUUGCAAACCAGCCUAUAUCUGCUGGUAUUGCUAUCAAUAGCACGGAUUUCAUGUCAUACAGUUCAGGUAUCUUUAGUGGUGUAUGUGGAGAUUUAGUAAACCAUGGUGUAGUUGUAGUUGGGUAUGGGACUGAAAAUGGGAAGGACUACUGGAUUGUGAGAAGCUCAUGGGGUACAGAAUGGGGUGAAGAAGGUUACAUAAGACUAGAACGCAAUAUAAAACAGGAAACCGGAAAAUGUGGAAUAACAAUUUUGGCAUCUUACCCUAUUAAAAAGAGUUAAUAUGUUGGAUGUUGAUUCAGAGGUUAAAUGAGUGUGAUGCCGACUUGUCUAAGGAAGUAAUUUUAGGAGUCGUUAGUUUUUUGAAUAAUUAAGUUCCAGUUUUUUUGUUAUGUUAUUUGGAGUAUAAGUAGUUGGCUUGUUUAUGUGUGUAAUUUCCUUAUCAGGG